CCCUCAGCAGACAUCUGAUCAGAUGGGGAUCGUUGUAAAGAAUAAAAGAAGGUUAAAGAUUGAACCUGGUCACCUUCAAAUCCUUUCCAAAGGAAAUCUAAGAACAUUAAAUCAUGUUUCCAGACUGUUUUAGUUGGUUUAAAUGAUCAUCUUAAUAUUUUACUGAAGAUUUUCCUGUUUUACGGGAGAAAAGUUCCCGGUUGAACUCCUGAAUGUGCUGCUUGAGUUGCUCUUACAUGUGCUCACACACUUUGUCUGGGGCAUUGGGGUGUUAAUGGAUUACUGAAAGGUGUUGACUCAGGUGAGUGUGGGUGUGUGUGCUUUUGUGUGUGUGUGUGUGUGAAUGAGGAUGGUGCCGUCCUCAAAUUGUGCUGCGGACUACCUCAGACAUCAGUUCUCCCUCCUGCUCCCUCCGUCACUCCUCUGUCAUCCGUUUCCUGUUUUCCUGCUUUUUCCUUUUCCUUCCCCCUGAUUGUGUGAUGUCUUCCCUUCGCUGCGCCUAACCGUCUCCACCAUGGACAUCGGAGGACUGACCACCGUGGUAGCAAACUCUGCCUACAUCAACGCCCGGGGAAGCAUCGAUGGCUCCAACCCGGCAGCGGCUCGGGACAAGAAGUACCACUCCCGCCUCAAGCUGCCCCACAUCACGGUGUGCGAGGGUCUGAAGGACACCUUAGACUUGGCCUUUGACUCCGUGUGUGUGGAGCAGCCGAUCGGCAAACGCCUCUUUAGGGAAUUCUUGGAAGCAAAUCAAGAAUACCACGGGGCUUGCCGCUUGUGGAAGGACAUCGAGGACUAUGACCUGGCCGAGGACUCUGAGAGGGCAAAGAAAGCCUCCAAGAUAGUCCAGCGGUACAUGGACCCAUCUGCCAAACAUUUCUGCCCGUUCCUGCCUGAGGACAUCAUAGCUAAGGUGAAGGAAAGCCUGGAGGCUGUGGGCGAUGACUUGUUCGCUGCAGCUCUGGCAAAGACUCUGGACUAUCUACGAGAGGCUCCUUAUGUGUUCUUCGUGGAGAGCAUGUACCUGAAGAGGUUCCUCCAGUGGAAGUGGCUGGAGAUGCAGCCCAUGGAUGCAGACUGGUUCCUGGAUUUUCGUGUUUUGGGGAAAGGUGGGUUUGGGGAGGUGUCUGCGUGUCAGAUGAAAGCCACUGGGAAACUGUAUGCCUGUAAGAAACUCAACAAGAAGAGGCUGAAGAAGAGGAAAGGCUACGAGGGGGCGAUGGUGGAGAAGCGCAUUCUUGAGAAGGUCCACAGCCGCUUCAUUGUGUCUUUGGCGUACGCCUUCCAGACAAAGGAGGAGCUUUGUCUGGUCAUGACCAUCAUGAACGGAGGAGACCUCAAAUACCACGUCUACCUGGUGGAUGAGAACAACCCGGGGUUCAGUGAGCCCAGAGCCUGCUUUUACAUCGCUCAGAUCAUCCAGGGUUUGGAGCAUCUCCAUCAGAAGAGCAUCAUCUACAGAGAUCUCAAACCGGAAAACGUCCUGCUGGAUAAUGACGGAAAUGUGCGUAUUUCGGAUUUGGGUUUGGCUGUGGAGCUCAAAGAAGGCAAAACAAAAACUAAAGGUUAUGCCGGGACACCAGGGUACAUGGCUCCAGAGAUGCUGAAAGGUGAUAAGUAUGACUCCUCGGUGGAUUACUUCACCUUGGGCGUCACUUUGUAUGAAUUCAUGGCGGCCAAGAACCCGUUCAGGAACAGAGGCGAGAAGGUCGAGCGGGAAGAGAUGAAGGAGCGCAUGCUGACCCGUGAGGUGACCUAUGAAGAUAACUUCAGCGAGCACGCCCGGUCCCUGUGCGACGGGCUGCUGGCGAGAGACGUGGACAAAAGGAUGGGGUUCAAGAACGGCUGCUGCGAUGAAAUCAGAGCUCAUCCGUUCUUUAAAGACAUUAACUGGAGGAAACUGAAUGCAGGUAUAAUCCCGCCCCCUUUCGUCCCUGACCCCAAAGUGGUGUACGCUAAAAGCCUGGAUGACGUCGGGGCCUUCUCCUCGGUGAAGGGGGUGACCCUGGAGGAUCCCGACAAGAACUUUUUCGACGAGUUUUCCUCCGGGAACAUUCCCAUCCCAUGGCAGGAGGAGAUGAUCGAGAUGGGCAUUUACUCCGAGCUCAACCUUUGGGGCCCCGACGGCACCGUCCCCAACGACCUUCGCAGGGAGUCCAUCCUGGAGCAACCGAAGUCGUCGACAUGCCACAUAUGCUAAAAACGUGAGCCUGCAAACUUGUACAUCAUCUUAUGAAGAACCCUGAGGACUCCACAGCUGAAACAGUUUGAGGCGAUUGUUCGAGAAAACGAGAACGGAGAGGUAGAUUUUUAAAUGUGAGUGGACUUGAACAUAGACUUAGGAGUUUAAACUGUUUCUAUCUUUAUAUUGCUGUCUCAAUCUCCAUGAAUUCAUUCCUUCACUGUUCUUUUUUGUGUGUUUUUGUUUCUUAGUUGUUGCACUGCUUUUAGAUCAGAAUGUAUUUUUGAAAAUGUCCCAUUUUCAAGCAGGAGUUUUGUGACUUUGCAUCUGGUGCUGUCAGAGAUAUUUGGAACCUGUAAGUUGUUACUUUGCCUCCACCACAUGUAUGCUGCUAUAGUGUGUCUCCUGUUCUAUUUAAUGUGUUGAUUUUUUGUUUUUUUUGUUUUAGUUAAAUAUCACAAAAUGCUGUGUGAUUUAUUUUGAAAGUUCAUGUCAUUUCUGACAAUUUACUCUAAAAAAAACAAGAGGAAA